UCCGAGGAGUAGUGUCUGACCUGACGAUAACCGGACAAUAAUGGUACACACUUUUACAUAUUUACCAGAUAAGAAAUUCCUUACUUUGGAGGAUCCUUCAAUGCAGCAUAUGCUCCGAAAAUGGUCCAUGCUAGGGCGGCUGUCCUGUCAGGCGUACGUCUUUGAUCAAGAGUUUAGUGGGUAUCAGCUGGAGCAAUUCACAGAGAACUUCAUCAAGAGCCCGGCGGUGGCGUCUUCCCUGGAGGUGUGGCGAGGACAUCACAAGGAGCCACUCGGGUACGGCGCACGGGUGGAGUGUGUGGAGGAAGUGCCUUGCUCCCUCACCUCCAUGGAUGUGUUCCGGCGGCUGUACGAGACUGAGGUGGUGAAAGACGACGGUGAGAUCGUCCGCUGCCCUGAACAAUAUCACCACGACCUUGUCCUCGACGACAACCUCAAGAAGGUUUUGGUGGAUGAGGGCGGGGAGCUGUGGGAUGUGUUGAAGGAAGCAGACCGUCAACAACUGCUGCUGAGACUCUUCCGUCUGGUGGCUCUGGGGGGUGAGUGCUGCCAGUUCGAGGAUAAUAUUCACCAAUACCUAGUCGUCACCAGGGCCCUCUAUAAAGACCUCGUCACACCCAUAAUUGAGAAUGGGCGCAUUGUUGUGAAGUCAAAGGCCGCCCAGAUAAGGGUGAAGGCGGCGUGUGGGGCGUGGGUCCCCGAGGAUCCUACUCACUCCCAAAACAUCCUCCUGUUGGUGGUUAACCCGCACGCUCACACCGUCCACGUCUUCCUGCACCAACAUGGCGUCGGGGACCUAGACUAACACGUUCCCGCUGCCAGUCUACCCCCACUUACCGUCUGUCAGUACUUAGAGAGACAGUCCGUAAUAUCUUUUGCUGCUGGAGCACAUUGAGUUCUCAAAGGAGUGUAUUAGAAACAAAUUGCCAAAGCUAAAGGUUCAUGCAAGCCCUGGCUCUGACAGCGUGAAUCCCAUAGUGUUAAGAGAGUUGCGCAAAUAACUACCUGGGCCCCUUAACAUCCUGUUCUGCAGAUGCAUGGACGAGUAAAAGAUCCCCAACGACUGAAAAAUUAUAUAUGUUUGUGCAAUAUUCAAACAGGGAGAUCGUCCCUCCACAAAUGAUUAUGGGCCGAUGAGCUUGACCAGCAUAGUGUGUAAAGUACUAGAGAACAUUAUACGAGAUGCUGUGAUGGAUGUAACCUCUAAGCUUUUGUUCUUUAAUUAUCUAUUUAUUACUGUUUAAUUCUGAAAUCCACUUUUCUAUUUAUUUUUAUUCCUUCCUUCUAUCGUAGAGAGAGGGAGACAGAAGAAGGAGGACGUAUGUAGGAGAGGGAGGAAUGAGGGGAGCGAAGGAGGUGGGGGAUACCUGCAGUUAGUUUCCCCCCAAGGGUUCCCUGUCCUCCUUCCCUGGUAACUGAAGAGGGAGGGAAGAAAGAGAGGAAUAAUAACGGAAGGGGUGGAGGAAUCUAUGAUAAUUGGUGCACUAAUCAUUAAUUCAUUACAUCACACAGAUGGUAGGAAUGGAAGAUGUGUAAGAGGGAGGUUACUUCUCACUGAGAAUAAGUAGUAAUUGUUAGUCCUUCCUCUGACUGACUUACCACAUAAUCAUGAAUGCACUUAUAAAUACAGUACUGUCUUUCAACAGUCAGGUUCCUAUUCACAUAUGUUCACUUGUUUAUAAUUAGUCAAUGGGUAUUUUCACUUACUUUAUUUAAGUCAAACUUUGCUCAAUACAAAGGGAGAGAUUGAUACUCUUAUAACCUUUCUCCAUUUAUUUAAAACGGAAUUAAAAGUGACACAGUCACUGAAAUCUUACAUUGAUUGAUAAAGAGAUCACAUACUGUACAUAGACAGUGCAGGUAUAUACUGCAUAGAAAGAGUGCAGGUAUACAAACACUGUGCAGGUAUAUACAGUCCCUUUCACUUGUGUGUUUCCAGGGGCACGUCAGGUUUUGUGCAGUGUGGCAGCCCUGUGUUUGUUUAUAUUCAACAGAAGGAAACCCACAAUAGUAAACAUUCUAUGGAAUUAAAUUAAAACAAAUGUCACAGUAAAUGAUUGGUGGAAUGUUUAUAUGAGGAGCCCCUGUAAAUGCACUAGUGAAGGGGACUGUAUAUAGGGCAGAUAUAGACAGGUAUACUUACAAUGGUAAACAAUAAGCCAUUUUGACCAAGAAUAGCUCAACAGCCACCAUAUGUAUCGAUAAACAACUAAUGAAGAAGAAGGAUAAUAUUGAAAGUGAGUGAUAUAUAUGUUGGGCUGAAAGACCGAAUUCGCUCACUGAGCGAAAAAACAACAACAAUGUGUUCUGGACAAAAUAUUAUUACCAGAAAGCUAAAUUCGCAUUUUGGGCUCCUACAAAACAGCCACAGGGUGUUAUGGAAGGUCUCAAUAUUCCAGAACACGAAUUAAUUUUAGUAUCGUUUUGUGGGUAUCAAGUUUUUGUCCACAAUGCGAUCAAGGUUAUUUUAGGUUAAGUUCAGAUAGCGUUCUAGCAAGAUAAUUAUUGCCACAUCUUGUUGUGGACAAAAAACUUGAAACCUGUCGAGUCAAAAAUAUCAUGUAAUUCAAAUAUUUCCAACCUGACAUCUACAGUUUUCAUACUAGAUAUCACAGUGUCACAGAAGGAAUCUUAGUGUGUUAUGUUCAUGACUACAGGGUAGAGAGUGAGAGAGCUGCUGGUAAAGGGGUCAGUUGCCAGAUCUUUGCUACACUACAUGUAAAUAUAGAACUGAGUACACUGUACACAAAGCCUGCUGUGAACUUAACCUUUGACUUCACUCCACAGAAGGUGAAACUAUCCUGGUUAUAAGUACAGUGGAAAUAUGAUUGGAAAUAGAUGAUGGAAUUAUUGAGAGGGACACCCUCAUCUCUCUCAUGAUAAUGACAACAUGCCUAAUGGAACGACAUGGAAAAUGUUCCCUAAUAUGUAUUUGUGCUUGUGUAUGUCAUUAUGUAUAUUUCUGCAUUAGAAUGUUUGUGUACAGAUGUGUACAUACAGUUUAUAUAUUGAAGUGUUGAUUUAAAGACGCAUCUGUACCGAAAUAAGAACUGUGCGUCUUAAUAAAAAAAAAAAAAAUGUAAAUCAAUUAUGAAACUUAAAUUUCCAUAGUGUGUAUAUAAAACUGACAGGUGGGGUGGGCAUAAUUGUCUCUUAACAGCAACUGAGAAGGGACUCCUGGAGGCUAGAUAGUGGUGUGUUUAUCGCCCCGUACUGUAUGUACGUACUACAUCCGCUCCCCCCAUGAUAUAGAUAUAGAUAUAG